AAAAGUGCUGUACAAACAAUCUGAGCGCUGUGAUCGUGUUCACCCUUCAUAUUAUGGUCCUAGGACCUUCCAAUUCGAUCCGCACUUGCCAGGUCCAGCAAGAACUCGAAGACAUGUGCUGUGCUAGAACAGCACUGCUCCACAAACUCUACUGGCAGCCGCGGUUUCCUUCAGAAACUCUACACUGGCAGUCACAUUGACGCCACGAUUUGUAGUAACGAUUUGUAGUCAAAUGCGCGAGCAGAUUGUUGGUUCACCGCAGCCAAGCCCCACAGGGCUGCGGACACCAAUGUCUCCAUUUGAAGAUUCUGAUGCUUUUGGGGGCGCCUUGGCAGUGCAAUGUUUCAAACCCUCCGCGAGAGACGGACGGUUGGACAGUUGCACUUUUGCAGUGCAACUGCACUAUCGCAGAUAGCAUGGCACACACCCCAGCACCAACUCCCAACUCGAGAGCACUCCACCCGCCUGGGUCCGCAGCACUCACCGGACACCAGGCGCAACACAGUCUCACGUGCAGUUGCCGCCUGCUGACCUUCGUCAAAAAGUGCCCUAUGCACGACUAGACAAGGACGUUCGUGCGUGGUUGGCAUUACCUGGCCGUGGCCGUACUUUUGCCGCAGAGAGGCUUUGGCCCUUUGGCAGUAUCGACCUUGGAACACGAACUGAGCGGCAGCAUCGUGUACACUGGCACAGUGGCCACGGCGGCACUAAAGCAAUCCUCCCGCUCGAGCACUACAUGCUGGCGAAGGGAUUCGCUGACCGUCCCAUGCAAGGGCAAAAUUGCGAUACAGUGGGUAGAGAGGGGGUGGAGUGGCUUGAUGGCUUGAAUCAUGCGCAUAUUCACUGGUUUUCCCUGGCCGGGCUGCUAGAGCAAGCGUCAUUUUAAUGAUUUCCGAGAAUCUUGCCCAAAAUACACUAGUCACCAGUACUGUUGGGGCAGCAGUGGUUCCAACCUUGGAGUUCAGACUCAGACCCAGUUGGUGCUUCACAUUCCUUUCGAACCUGCUGAACGAUGUUGAUGGACACUUCACUUGCACUGUAUGUACUGCAGCUGCUGAAGAGCAGAGAGGGGGCCGCAGUCUUCUGCGUAUCACCGAAGGUAGGUCAUGAAGCGCCCUUCUGCAACGGCGAAGAAGGCGAAGACUGUGAAGAAGCUGGGAGGCCAACAUAUGUGUUCAUGCCACCAACCUUUCCAGCAACCCGGGCACUAUACUCACUGACAGUCAGACGUUCGUGGUUGAAUAUGGCACAUACUCAUGGUAUACUUUCAUUCAUUAUUGUUUCUGGGUGACUUGCAUGCUGGGGUCGGCUUUGGAGCCGCGAAAAAAGCCCAACUUGGAUCCCCUGGUGUCCUCCGCGCGAGGUGCGGAUUCAGGGCUUUUCGUGUUAACUUUCCACAGAGUGGACCAACUGUCAUCCAAGAGCUGCUGUGGGCUGUAGGUCCACUGGUCUUUGCCGAACAGGCGUGGGAUGAGAAUGUGCCCACCCGUUGUGUUGCUAAAAGUGUCUUUUUGGGCAUUUUGGGCUUCCAUUCAGGGCUGAAACACGUGACAUGGCCAUGAUCACUGAAACCGAUUGGCCUUCAGUUCAGAUGGGUGGCAGAGAAAUGCUUGAGGCCUUUGACGCAGCGACCUUCGCCAACCGCUUCCGCUAUGGGGAAUUUGGAGAUGCAGUCGUCUUCACUGAAGCGCGACGUUCUGCGGUGCUGUCUAAAAAGCCUCGAAUCCUCAAGUGGUCGAUGACCAAAACUGGGAAGAACUCCAAGACGCCGUUGCUGGUGGUACACUACAUCUCGGAGAUGUAUGGCCAAAGAAGACCAUUUGAAGAUCAAGUUCCUUUGUGGUCCUUGCGGCAAAUGGUGGACUUCAGUCAUGCUCUAGGCAGCACGGGAACUCGCCGGACACGCAGUUCAGCCUCCGUCCCAUCAGCUGACGCCGUGUCUGCUCGCUGCCCUCCACUGUGGUGGUCACUCGCGUUAUGGGCCUUUGCAGAAUUUGCUAGGGGAAGCUCUGGCAAAGGCAAAGGCGCCAAGUGGCCACCAGAAUCCCCUGCUGAACCUGUCUCCAUCCCUGGGGACUUUCCAAAGCUCCUCUACACAGUCCUACACGGCGGAGCUCAAGGUCAAAGCGAACGACAGGUCAAAGAGGCGUUGACCUCCAUUCUUCGAGAGCAGUGAUUCGAUGGGCUGCCAGCCAUGCGUGGUCGUUUUUUGUGCCCACACAGAGUGCACACUGUUGGGAUUCAACAAGAUCCCUGCACCACACACAUGGUUCCUGCCAUGCACGAUCAAUGAACAAUGCCACGCCUCAAGCACUUCUCACCCACGAUGGGGAUAAGAUAGGCUCGUGUCAUGGACUUCCCAUGUAGC